UCAGGUCGCCAGAGGGAGGAGUCCCGUGCGUGGGCCCAGCUCUGGCACCUGAGGGACGGGGCCGGCUCCAGCACCCGUCAGGCCAGUUGGUUGCCGUCACCCACCUGCUGCCCAUACCUCUGCCUGCUGCCCCCGACACCGGUCAUCAUGUCUCACAGUGAGAGUCAGAGCCACGAGCUUGAAGUAGGCCUUAAGGCCCAAAGAGAGGCUCAGGGCCUGGUAGCUGCACAGGUUCCUGCAACUGAGGAGAAGGAAACUGCCUCUUCUCCUCUCUCUCCUUUGAUCCAGGGCGCCCCAGAGGCGGUGCCUGCUGCUGGAAACCCAGGUGUUCUCCAGCAGUCUGGGGAAGCCUGCUCUUCCUCCCCCACCGUCGAAGCCACUCUAUCGAGCAAAUCAAAUGAGGGCUCCGGCCGCCCAAGACGGGAUGCAGGUGCCUCCCAGGCUCCACCAGACCCGGCGAUCUUGCCUGACGAUGUCCUAGAUGAGAUGGUAGCUAAAUUGCUGCAGUUUCUGAGUGGCAAGUAUGUAGCAAAGAAGCCCAUCACAAAGGCGGAAAUGCUGAAGAGCAUCAAAGAGCACAAGAACCACUUCCCCGUGAUCUUCAAGAAAGCCUGUGAGUGCAUGGAGAUUGUCUUUGGCCUCGAAGUGAAGGAAGUGGACCCCAUCAACCACUCCUACGUGCUUAUCAAAACCCUAGACCUCACCUAUGAUGGGAUGCUGAGUGACGACCAGGGCAUGCCCAAGACCGGCCUCCUGAUCCUUAUCCUGGGUGUGAUCUUUAUGGAGGGCGACCAUGCCCCUGAGGAUAGGAUCUGGAGGGUGCUGAGUGAGAUCGGAGUGUAUGCUGGGAGGAAGGAUUUCAUCUAUGGGGAACCCAGGAAGCUCAUCACUGAAGAUUUAGUGCAGGAAAAGUACCUGGUAUACCAGCAGGUGCCCCACAGCGAUCCUCCACGGUAUGAACUCCUGUGGGGUCCCAGGGCCCACGCUGAAACCAGCAAGAUGAAAGUCCUGCAGUUUUUUUCCAAGGUCACUGGCACUGACCCCACUUCCUUCCCGUACUGGUAUGGAGAAGCUUUGCGAGACGAGAGAGAGCGAGCCCAGGCCACAGUGGCCACCACCGAUGGUACUACUGUCACAGCCAGUGAAGGUUCCAGUGUCCCGUCCGGCAGCUUCUCUCGCCCUGAGUGAAGCCUGAGGAAGAUCCUCCACUCUGUGUUUGAAGAGGGCAGUCAAAGUUCUAAACGGUGGAGGAUUGAAUUGCAAAUUUUAUCUUUUUUUUUUUUCAUUUUGGUAUUUUUCAAAUGCUCUUGCUUCUAAAAGGUUAGCUUCAUGGUCUAGGUUCAUGAAUGACCCUGGUCACAUCUUUACUGCUGUUCAUUAGGCUUAAGAAUAAGAAUUUUGCUCUUCUGGAAAACAUACUGGGAAACUUUCGAUCUUAUUUUCUCAUCUGGAAGAAGAUAGCAUGGCACAGAUAGUGGAAUUUCCUUAGAAAUACGCAAGAGUCCAGCAAUAAAAUCGAUGGGAUGGAGAAAUAGAGGGAGAAAUGUACAAGACGGUCAUGCUAGGAUUCCUGAAUCCCGUUUAGUCUGCUGGCUAGUAAAAUUAAAGAUCUGUACCUGGAUUUGUUCGGCUAAAGUGUG